AUAGUAGCAAAUAAAAUUUGGGUCAUACGAAGAAAGGUAGUUGGGGGCAAGAGAAUAUAUAUAAUUCUGCUGAUGAACAUCAAGACAUUGGAGCCUUAAAGCUGGUUUGAUCCAUCUACUACUUACAGCUAGUUGAAACCUAAAGGCCAAUCUCUCUCUCUCUCUCAUGGAGGAUGGUAAGCAGCCAUUUCUGUCCUCCAGGGACGAGGACCAAAACCAAGAACAAGGGGAUGAGCAGGCGCAGCUGAUACCGUCCACUGCAGCCACGUUCGUUAUCGGUGUCCCUGACAUCGCUCCUAUCAAGGGGUUUAGAGACGUCUAUAAAGAGUUCCUCGUUGAGUCAAAGAAGCUCUGGUACCUCGCCGGCCCAGCCAUCUUCACCUCCAUAUGCCAGUACUCACUCGGUGCCGUUACCCAAGUCCUCGCCGGCCACGUCGGAACUCUAGCACUAGCAGCUGUCUCCAUUGAAAACUCUGUUAUUGCUGGCUUCUCCUUCGGCAUCAUGCUUGGAAUGGGGAGCGCGCUCGAAACCCUGUGCGGGCAAGCAGUCGGAGCUGGACAGAUUGAUAUGCUGGGGAUCUACAUGCAAAGGUCGUGGGUGAUUCUGGUGACCACGGCUUUGUUUCUAAGCCUUCUGUACAUCUUUGCGGAGCCACUCUUGAAACUCAUCGGCCAAACUGAAGCGAUAUCGGAAGCGGCGGGAGUCUUCGCCAUUUGGAUGAUUCCGCAGCUUUUCGCUUACGCGAUGAACUUCCCGAUCGCCAAGUUCCUGCAGUCGCAAAGCAAGAUAAUGGUGAUGGCGGUGAUUGCGGCGGUGGUUCUGGUUCUACACACUAUCUUUAGCUGGUUGUUGAUGCUGAAGUUGGGAUGGGGGCUGGUGGGAGCGGCGGUGGUGCUGAACUCAUCGUGGGUGUUGAUAGUGAUUGCACAGCUUAUUUAUAUUUUCAGUGGGACUUGCGGACGGGCCUGGUCUGGGUUUUCAAUGAAGGCAUUUCACAAUCUUUGGGGUUUCGUGAGAUUAUCUCUGGCCUCCGCAGUUAUGCUAUGCUUGGAAGUAUGGUAUUUCAUGGCGCUAAUCCUCUUCGCUGGAUAUCUGAAGAAUGCGGAAGUUUCAGUCGAUGCCUUGUCCAUAUGCAUGAACAUCUUGGGAUGGACAAUCAUGGUAGCUCUUGGGAUGAAUGCCGCCAUAAGUGUGAGGGUGUCAAAUGAAUUGGGAGCAGCUCAUCCAAGAACAGCCAAGUUUUCAUUAGUGGUGGCAGUGAUAACAUCAUUUCUAAUCGGGGUCGUCCUUUCCCUCAUUCUAAUAAUCACACGAAACGACUACCCAUCUCUGUUUUCGAGUGAUACAGAUGUAGAAGAUCUAGUUAAGGAGCUCACUCCAAUACUGGCUCUAUGCAUUGUCAUUAACAAUGUUCAACCUGUUCUCUCAGGGGUGGCAAUUGGAGCAGGAUGGCAAGCUGUUGUCGCUUAUGUGAACAUUGCAUGUUACUACGUGUUUGGGAUCCCUCUGGGUCUCAUUAUGGGUUACAAGCUCGAUAUGGGUGUCAGGGGGAUCUGGUAUGGAAUGAUGACAGGAACGAUUGUACAAACGUGUGUUCUUUUCUUCAUAAUUUAUAGGACCAACUGGAACAAAGAGGCUUCAAUUGCUGAACACAGAAUAAAGAAAUGGGGAGGUCACGCAGAGAACGAUGUCGACAAAACAGCCGAGACCUAAGAGUGAUGAAAAGGAAGCUUCCCAACCCGAUUUUUGCAGAACAUCAGUGGCAAAUUGCAGGCCACUCUAGAAGCCAAUUUUCUUAAUAUCGCUUGGGCUCUCUCGUAACAUGUUUUUGAAGAGCAAGAUUCGGAGUAAUAAAAUAUUCACUUUCUUAAGCAAAUUGGAAAGCAUGAUGAACCUUUAACAGCUGUAGGAACUUCAAUUAUCUCAUCUUGAAAUGUUCUAUCUUCAAUUAUCACUA